ACCAGCCGAGCAGCGAGGGGUGUGCGGAGCGAACCACUAACCGUGUUGGGUGCCGGGCUGUGUGUGCAGGGCUAGUAUGAUGAGCGGUCCCAGCGCGGGGCAUCUGGGAUGCUGUCAAGAGCGGGCCAGCUUGGGUUGAAGUGGAGAAGAUGGAAAAUUCUGGGUGACGUUUUGGGUGUAGACCGGUUCUCUUCAACUCUAUCAGAGACAGGCCCAUCAGCAACUGGCCAGUGUUUCAACUUCUACUGCCGGGACAGGCCUCACAACCUGUUCUUCCUGAGAUUCGAGGUGCGAGAUUUUGGUGCUAGAUAGAAUUCAGACCCCCUGAGAUCGCUGGAGGGGUCUGAAGAAAGAUGAUCUUUGGAGGUGUCUCACCACGGAACUUGGAGGCAGAGGUCAGGAGCUGACAUAGAGCAGUGGGAGAAGCUGAGCAAUCCACGCUCCAAAUCUUCAAAGGGCCCUGAAAAUUCUUAGCAAAGAUGGAAAAAAAGGCAUUUCAAGAAACCCUCUGAGCGGGGCUUUCAGAGAACCUGAUUUGCCAUGGAGGUGGGAAAUGACAGGGGUCAGCCAACCAGCUCGGGGGCUCCAAUUUGCAUAUUCAUAAGUCCCCAUGCUGGUUGGCUGUGUAAGCAGCCCACCGGGCCCCAGUAGGGUUGGGUCUGUCGGAUAGUGACUUGCAUUGACAAGGGGCAGGAGGCUCCCCUCACCCAGCCACAGCACCUGGCUUACAUUGGGGAGGAAGAAAGGAAACCAAAAUCACUUCCUGACCCUCGCACUGUCUGCCCAAGGCUGGUGAAGACAAUAAUGGAGAGCAGAUCUACCUGAGGACUUCUACUCAGAGUCUGAAGUCCUAGAGGCUCCAUCGCUCUGGUCUUCCUGAAUCCCAGAAGCAGCUGAUUCUCACCCUUCUGUGUGUGAAGACCCUUCAGCACGGUCUGGCCCACCUCCUGCUGCUCAAAGGCCCUGGGCUCCUUCUGGGAGCUCUGCGUGAGCAUCCGGGAGAAGCAGGAGAUGGAUCCACCUGCUGUCUUGCUUUCUCCUCAGACUCAGACCUGCACCCACCUGGCAGAAGAAAUCUGCAUGGAACAGGAGAGAAGCCCGCCCACCACAGAGGUGGGCGGAGACUUCCUUCCUAGUGGUCUGCGGCCCAGCUCCAGCCUCACCGAUGCCGAUUGGUUUUGGGACGAGCACAUCCAGGCAAAGAGGGCCAGAGUAGAGACCAUUGUCCGAAGCAUGUGUCUCUCUCCUAGUUCGUUGGUGUCAGGCAGAGUCAGGGAAAGCUCACUCUGUCCAGAAAAGGCCAGGGAGCGGAAGAGAAAACAGAGCCUUCCCAUGCACCAGGGUCCCCCGAAAUCUAGACCUGCCUGGGAUCGAGGGCCUAAGAAGGGUGGGACCCGGGUGAAAGAACAGCUUCAUCUCCUGAAGCAACAGCUAAGGCAUUUGCAGGAGCACGUCCUACAGGCUGCUGAGCCCAGAGCACCGGGGCAGAGCCCAGGAGGUACUGAGCAAAGAAACUGCCCGAGAGCAAAGCAGAGCAAACCUCACCAGAGUUCUAGCAAGGACGUUUGUGGAGCAGUAAAGCCCGGAGCAGCUGAGGUCCGACAGCAGUCAGAGGAGCCUCUGCUCUGUCCUUCUGGCCCACGGGCUUUGGUGGAGACUCUGAGGAAAGAACUGAGCAUGGCCGUGUCCCAGGCUGUGGACUCAGUAUUACAACAGGUGCUGCUUGAUCCACAGGGCUGUCUCACGCAGGGACCUAGCUGCCAGGGACUAGCAUCAGAGGGCCCAAGCCAGCCUUCACCUCCAGGGGGAAGUGCCUAUAAGGACCCACUUGCUCUUGCCACCCUGCCCAGAAAGGUCCAGCCACAAGCUGGGGUUCCCUUGGGCAAUUCAACCCUGGCUAGGCCUCUAGAUUCUCCUAUGUGUCCUGUCUCUCCAAGAGGAGUCCCCAGAUCAUAUCAGAGUCCCCUACCAAAUUGUCCCUUGACAACUGUACCUUCCCACAUCUGGGAAAAUCAGGUUCUUAGGCAGCUUCUGGGUCGUGGGCCCAAUGGCCAUUGGACUGGCAGUCCUCCUCAGGAUGCAUCUUUCCAAAGUCAUACCUCCCCAGAGUCUGCCCAGCGACCGUGGGGGCUGAGCCAGCAGCAGCUCCCUCUGUCUCUCACCCCUGUCCACCUGGAAAGCCGGCCUCUCCUACCGCCUGUGAAGAUGGAGCAGAGUGUGCUGCAGGGCGUGGCUGACUCACUUCCUUUCUCCUCCAUCCACAUCCAGGAAGGCCUGAGCCCUGGUCACCUGAAGAAGGCCAAACUCAUGUUUUUCUUCACACGGUACCCCAGCUCCAGCCUCCUGAAAGCUUAUUUCCCUGACGUUCAGUUCAACCGCUGCAUCACCUCCCAGAUGAUCAAGUGGUUCAGCAACUUCCGUGAAUUUUAUUAUAUCCAGAUGGAGAAGUAUGCCCGGCAAGCGCUUUCAGACGGCGUCACGAAUGCCCAAGCGCUGGCCGUCCUCCGAGACUCGGAGCUUUUUCGAGUUCUCAACACACACUAUAACAAGGGGAAUGACUUUGAGGUCCCAGACUGCUUCUUGGAAAUUGCCACCUUGACAUUGCAGGAGUUCUUCAGGGCUGUCGUCACAGGGAGAGACUCAGAUCCUUCCUGGAAGAAACCCAUUUACAAAAUUAUUUCAAAACUGGACAGUGACAUCCCAGAGAUACUCAAAUCAUCCAGCUAUCCCCCAGGACUGUUUCUGAGUUGAGAUCAAACAAAAUGAGGGCAAGUAUGAUGGCGCAAGCCUGGGAUUCCAAGGUGAGAGGUUGAGGCAGGGGAUCAGGAACUUAGGGACAGCCUUGGCUACAACAACAAAGAUCAAACAAGAUGAGUAGAUAGGCCCAGGGUGGCCCAAGUUUUGUCAUAAAUGAUAGUUUAGCUGUAGUCACAUAAGAGCACAAGAGGAGACCCUCCCAUAGGUGCAACUGCCAUUUUUCUUGUCCAGAAUCAUCAGAGACUUAGCCCUAACCACAGUGCAUCAACAGAAUCUAUCAGUAUGUUUGUAGUCUGCCAGGAAAAGAAGACAAGCUUGGAAUCAGAAGACUUAAAAGUUAUUAAGUGCUGUGACACUGAUAAUUUCCUGCUAUUUCUGUAAGUCUGGAAGGAGAUUCAUAGCCAAGUGGUGGUGGUAAACAGGUUUAAUCCCUGCACUGGAGGGGCAGAGGUAGGUGGGUAUGUGAGUUGGAGGUCUACAGAGUGAGUUCCAGGACAGCCACGGAAACACAGAGAAACUCUACUUUGAAAAACAAAAAAACAAAAACAAAAACAAAAAACCAAGAAAUUUUGAACUGUGGUACCUUGUUGAUCCUUACACCAGGGUGCGGGAUCAGUCAGGACUGUGGAGGGACCAAUGGCUGUGUACGCUGGACUCACGCUGCCACUCAGGAUCUCCGCGACAGGAAAAAUCCAUACCAACAGGGUGCCCACAGAGUGGCACUGCCAUCUGACCAGGUUGGCACUCAGUAGUGUUUCAUCAUCCAAGACAUUCACUGAUGGCUUCAGCAAACUUCCUAAAGAACUGCGGUUGGCAUUGCUGUGGCUCGCAUCUGUCUGCUGGAACACUGGGUCAGCUAACAGUCCUAACAGUUCUAUUUGACCUCUGUACCGGUGCAUCAGUUGCCUGUGCAUACAAAAAUAUAAAUAAAAAUGGAACUUCACGAUGA